CUCCGAGCGCUGCAGUCGAGGGCGGAGCUGAACGACGCUCUUGCGCGCGACCACCAGAGGAAGCAGAUGCUGCUCAUGCAGAAGAGCUGCCGGGAUGCGACUGCCUCGGACAAGCUUGCUCCCUUGGGGAUGGGGGAGACGACGGGGAAGAGACCGUGCGAGGCCCUCAGCUGGGACAGCGACGGCUAUCACCAGGAGCCGUCACGCGCCAUGAGCAUGGAUAGCCCGUCGAGCUCUCCGGGGCUGCACCCGUCACAGGCGGCAUGGAACCACUACCCCGCUGGGUUCUGGGAGGAGGCUUCAGGGAUCGAGCAGGACGAGAGACAAGCCAAGGUCGCUGCUGACUGGGCCGCCGCAUGCAUGCGAGCGCUGGAGCAGCUCGAGAAGAGCCCUCACCUCAAGGCGGCACUAGCGCAGAUCGGCAUCGCCACAUUGAUCCCUACCCAGGUCGCGCUGUCGCCUGACUCCGCUCAGAGCUCAAGGAGUUCAAGCACGUAGGACAGCGGGCAAAGUAGAGGAAGGGGAGUUGCGGGGAGAUGUAGGAAGAAGUUCAGGGUGAAGGGAAGUUGGGAGAAGGAGCCUGGAGAGCCUCCUCGGAGGAAUGAGGUGUGGGGAUCUAGUGUGGAGGGAGACUCGAAUGUGGAAGGCGGAGGAAAAGUAGGUGAUCUUGUGGUAUGAAGAGAAACAAAAAAGUGAAUGACCGAUGUCAAUC